CCAAAGCCUCUAUUUUAACUCCUACAACAACUCUCUACUCUCUACACACAAAACUUUUAUUAGUGGUUGUAUUGCAAAGUAGAAAAACAGAGAGAAAUUUGAGCUAAGAGAAAGACACAAGAAUAGAUCACAAAAAAAUGACCAUGGCCACUGCCAAAGUCUUUGCCAUGGUUGCAGCCUCAGUCGUAUUGUUUUCUGCAUUUUUUCACAGUGUUUCAGCUCAGGCAGAGGCACCAGGUUCAUCACCAGCUUCAGCUUCGGCACCAGCAGUGGAUCCUUGCCUUAAUAGUUUGGUGAACAUGUCUGACUGCCUAACUUUUGUGGUGACUGGAAGCAAUGCUACAAAGCCUGAUAAGGCUUGCUGCCCUGAGCUUGCUGGGCUGCUUGAAAGCAACCCUAUUUGCUUGUGUGAGUUGCUUGGGAGCAACAUUGCAGAAAGUUAUGGGUUCAACAUUGAUGUCAAAAGGGCUCUCAAGCUUCCUUCUCUUUGUGGUCUUCAAACACCCCCUGUUAGCACUUGCUCAGCUGCGGGAUAUCCAGUGCCUGGCCCAGUAGGAGGUCCAUCACCGAGUGAGUCACUAGGAUUAUCACCAGGAGCAGAACCAGCUGCCCUCCCCACAUCAGGGAAAAAUGGAGCUUCAAGCAAUUUAGGGUUCACCCUAGCUUUUACUGUUGGCUUGGCAUUUGCAUUUCUUCCAGUAUUCUUCUGAUUAUAUAUUACUAGCUACUAUCUGAUUGAAAUUCAUAUUUAUUUAGAUGUUGUAACCAGAUUUAUUUAAGAAACACAUAUGUCGUGACAGUACUAAAUCCUUUUGCCUAUAUGCCAAUAAUGUGUACGAGUCCUUGAUUUCGUUAAAGGUUUAUACCUUUUGUAUUGAGCUUUGAUUGAGAUUGAUUAUUUUUUGGGAUGAUCUCUAUUAUUCAAGUUUGAGCCUGUUUAUAUCUA